AUGGGCGCCACCCCGUCACGUGAGGCGAAGCCGACCAUUCGGUCGCUGCGUUACGGCAACCACGAAAUCGGUCUCAUCCCGAUCACUCGCGCCUACUUCAACGACCAAAACCCGCAACUGCGGCAGCAGUUCAUUCGCGUUCGCAAUGACCCCAACGUGCGCUACAGUCAUACACGCCCUCGCGGCUACAGCAUGGCAGAGGUGCCUCCUGCCAACUAUACGGAGGCAGACCUUGAAGCGUUUCUCGACACGGUUGAGCGCUCUUUGUUCGACACGAACGAGGAGAUGCUCGACGCCGGUGCACUGCAGACUCCAACAAUCAGCAUGGCGCACCUCCAACACCUCAUGCAGUGCGACGGGGAGGUAGACGUGUACGACCCAACGCUCGAGGAGGAGGCGGAGGACAGCGACAAGAGCAGCCAGCCGCCCACUUCCGUGGAACCGUUCUUCCUCGGCGCCAUUGGCACGCCAUCGUUGCCGCCCCACAACACAGUCAACAGCGGCCACGCGACAAGUCCGCAGAACCCGUAUCCGCCGCGUGAAACGACGAGUUGGCUGCGCUCUACGUCCCUGUCCCUGCGCGCCUCCUCGUCGGACGAGGCUGGCAACAGCCCCGCCCACUCGGUGUCAGCCGUGUCUGCCACUUUAUCUCUCAACGCCACCGCGUCGCACAUGCUGCUGCCCCCGGCAACGCCGACGGCACCGCCGCAGGACGAGAAGACGCCGAAGAUGCCGAGCGCCGAGGACUGUGCAAUCGACUGGUUCCUCAGGCUCAAGGGCUUCCUCCAGGCGCACCACCGCCGCGUGGACGAGUCCUGCAGCCCCAGUGACAGUGACACUCACAACCACCAUGAGCGGUCGCCGUGUGCGUCGCAGUUCAAGUCCGAGGAGUAUAUGCGCUUCAAGCGUGCCGUGCAGCCCGUGCCGUGCGCGGUGUUGUUCAUCUAUGUCAGCAACCGCGAGGAGCACGACUGUUUCACAUUCCAGGGCCACCGCGUGAACGUCAUCGGAAGCUUCGACAUGCGCAGCCACGACGAUGACCGCGACGCCUUCACACCAACGCUGCAGAUCCGUAAAGCUAUCCUCAAGGCUGCCGGCGACCGCACGCUCGAGCGCGUGCUCGCGCUAUCGACGAAAUACUACCUGGACAGCUUCACUGAGAUCGUCCUCCAGCAGCUGCAGCGACGCCCUGUUGCGGAGCUGUUGGCGGGCCUUGGCGAGGAGGCGCGAAAACUGCUGUGCGAGCUGCCCCCCAGCUCCCUCGUUGGCGGUACUGAUGGCUGCUCGUCCAUGCAUGACCCUGUUUCGGUUGCGCGGGCGCUCUUCUACGAGCGCAUCACAAAACUGCCGCUGGUAGUGUCGUCCCCUUUCAACAACUACCCUGCACUCAAGUUCAUCUACGACUUCACCUCCCUCACGCACAGCAUCGAGAACAGCCAGUUCGUCCGCCCAGGCGACCUGCGGCUGUGCACGUACGACCGUGAGAAGGGGGAGCGCGGCAUCGUCUUUCUAUUCCACGGCCGCGCGCUAGCGCUUACCUGGCUGUGGGCGACAACACAGACGCAGACGUCCACGGUCCGUGAGUCGUGGACGCAGUACACACUGUGCGAGCAUACCCAGUCCCGCGAGCGGCGCGUGCAGCACUGGCUCGCCACGGACCCACGGGCUAAGACGCUGCUCGGAGACUCGGCCAUCACGACGUGCUUUGAGCAGCACCUCGGGCACCUCCACAGCGAGAUCGUGCGAGCGCGCAGCACCCCGACGGACGACGCAACCUCGUGGUCUGGCGUGCAGGAGUACAGUCACGACAUGAAGCUUUACCGCAUCUUUCUGUCCCCGCUAUGUGGACCGCUGCUUACGACAGUCAAGACGGCGAAGCCGGAGAAGGCGAAGGAGCGCGGCAACGUCAAGAGGGCGUCGGCUCCCAGCUCCAUACCGAGCGCCGCAAACGGCGGCAAUGCAUCGACGGGCUCUCGCAGCAGAGUCACGUCGGAUCUGCGGCUGAUGAUGAUGUCGCCGUCAGGAAAUGUUUCGCCCGCGAACAAUCGCAGCUGCAUGCAGGCACGCGGCAAGAGGUCCCCGAACAGCCCACUGACGGGUCUCAGCACGUCUGGGAGGAUCCCGUCCACCUCAAACUUCUCCACCAGCGCCGCAACAUUGGGCGGUGGUAGCAGCAGCAGCAGCGCUCCGCUCUGUAUGAGUGGCACCGCCAACUGCACCUUCCUGCAUCCGCCUCCACACGCUCCAUCUUCCCUCAGCGGCGACGGCGCGACGCGGGUGACAAUGACAAGAGGUUUGAUGGCGCCUGCUGCCUUUAAGAGCCAGGCGGCUCCGAUUGCCGGCAUGCAUGCGCCGAUGCCUAUCUAUUUCACCGACACGCUGCAGCCUCCGUCGAUGGCAUCGCCGAGCAACUCGCUGCAUCUUCUGUCGCAGACGGUGCCGCCGUCGUCGGAGCCACCGCAAACGGGUUGCGCAUCGCCGAUGCUUGUAACCUCGCCACCCACGGGGCUUCCCUUCUCCGUGCCGUCCGCGCCUUGGUCGGUGCACUCCUUCAUCCAGUCGCCGCAGCCGUCACAGUCGAUGAUGCCGUCGCCAGGCCAGCCACCGACGGCGGUGUCCACCUCAUAUGUUGUGCAGGUAUCCAGUAAUGGUGUGCAGACGCUGAUGCCCAUCACGUUCGCGCCGACCCAGAGCUCGACUAUUCCAAGCGUGAGCUUCUUCCAGGCAGACACCACCCAGACGAGCAGCGCGAACGCGUCGCACACAGCCCAGCCGCCACCACCGCCGCCGUUUUCGGCGAUGAGGAUGGCAAGUGGGAAGGGCGACACGUCAUCGCUGUCCUCUUCGCAGCAGUCGUUUAGCAGCAAAGGCACGCCGCAAGCGGGAGCGUCCGUCCUCGGCAGUGUCUCCUCCUCAUACCCCCAUCCAGCUCACAACCUCGACGGCGCCGCUUCCGUGCCGUACCCGAAUAUGAUAGCCACCGGACACGGCGGCGCCCAAAUGGCCACCGCGCCCUAUCAGAUGGCCCAGCCGCAGUCAACGUCAUCGAUGUUUGCAACGAUGCACCAAGUGCCGGCACAACUUGUGAGCGACCCCACUGCGUGUUUUGCCACACCCAAAACCUACGUCCCCGUCGGCUACUUCAGCACGUCUGUACCUGGACCGGCUUCUAUGCCGCAGUGA